AUGAUAAAAUACAAACUCAAUACAGUUGGACUGCCCUCUCACCAGUAAAGUUUGACAGCAUCCUAAUGUGAAGAUGUGGAGAUCAACAACUGUCUAGAUAAAAUCCAUGGCAUACUAUAGAAGAACAACCUAAAUAACUCAUUCGGUAGCAGCACUCGAAGUAAAAGUCCUGGAAGUAGAUUAGCCCAGAGUGAUCAAAAACGAGCCCGUCUCUAUUACAACACUCAUUCUGAUGCUCAUAUGACCAGCAGUCCUUAGGUCUCGAACUUCAAAAGAAAGCAAGUUCAAUUUGAUGAGAAGUCUCUAGAGAAGAGGAAAAUGAUCAAUCCAGAGGAGCUGAGGUCUGUGAAUGCUGGAACUAACCCUGGCAGUUCUAGAAUAAUAGAGCAAUACGAGAAAAAGCUCAACAGAUAUGAGGAUGAUUUUAAGUUAGUUGUCAAUGAAAAUUGUGACCUCAAAAUCAAAAUAGAGCAGCUAUCACAGUUGAAUAAGAUUUAAUCAGCCAUGAUGGAGGAUUAAAAAGCUUAUUAUGAGUAAUUGAUUAAAAAUAUGGAAUAGUCUUACCAGCAGGAGAUAAGACUUUAAGAGGGGGCCAUGUUUGUUAAGCAUUUUGCAGUAGAUUCAGAAACUUACCCAUUCACGACUAACACCCUGAAUACACCUCAGUCAUAGACUCAUAGCAGGACGGAAAACCAUUCAAGCUUAGAAAAUCUGCCACUUUCAUAUCAGCCUUAUCACAACUCUGCCUAUACUCAGCAUAAUGCGAACAGAAAAUUGAUCGAAUCUAAUAAAUCCAAAUCUAAGUCACAUUUAUAAAAUGUCAAGAAAUUGAAUGUGAUUUACAAUCAAUCAACCAACUCCUUGAUAUACCUACCGCAAUCUAAGAUACAGCCAACAAGUAUUCAUAAAAACUACUAGUCACCUAAAACAAGCAGGAUAUAAUAAAUACCCAUUUCCAUGCCUUUCAGUGAAAUUAUCAAUACUUAGCAAUAAUCUGACUCUAAGACGAUCUCGAAUGGGCAUAAUACGAAUCUGAAAAUUUUCAAAAGUCCAGAGCACUAGUAUGGUUUAAACAAGCUAGAAGUCUAAAGUAAUAGCAAAUCAAAAAAGAAGUAGCGUCUAUCUCUGUAAACUGAGACAAGUAGCUAGAAUCUAUAAAAAGAAUAGCUUCAGCAUUCCCACCUUGCAAAUAGAAUGAACUAAAAUGCCACUCAUAACUUAAGUAAGAAAAAGGUGAAUUUCAGUUAGAUACACAGUAAGUCCACUUUCUAAGAUGAAAACGUGCUUGACACAGCCUCAGAUGAAUAUUAUCAAUAUGCAACUAACACAGAGUAUGUUCAGGAAGAAAAUGAGCCCUUAAGAAGUAAAUAGCCCCUACUCAAGAGAAAUAUGAAGGUCGAUAAGAUUAAGCGAAUUAGCAGUGAAACAGUUGUGCAAAACUUCUUUGUCCUAGACUCUAAAUUGCAAACCUAGAAAAAAGCAACAUAAUGCUUAAAAAGUCUCACUUAAAGACAUUCCUAAAUAAUUCAAUCAUCCAAUGAUAGCUUAGCUUUUGAGUAUAAAAAGCGCAUUGAUAAGAUAUAAAAUGACAUUUCUCUGAAGCAAGAUGACAACAAAAGAAUUUCCUUGAGUAACAAGAAUAAAAUGGAGCAGGAAAUUAAGACUAUCAAAGAUUUCGAGUUUAUAUUAAAUCAGUUUUCAGAAUAGUAGAAAUAAAAAAAUACUUUGACUUUUGACGAUCUGGGACAUUCUUUAUAUCUGAUGAAAUUUUUUGUGGCUUACCCCAGAAACUACGCUAAUUUGAAAUUUACUGAUGGGAAAUAGCUUUCUUUAUAUCUAAGAGAGAAGGAGAUACUGCUUUAACUUUGGAAUUUGAUAAAGCCUUUUUUCGUUGAGAAGAAGGAAUUCAAACGCUGCUGCUUUUCGAAAGUUCUGAGCUUCUUACUAAGUCUUGUUGUAGAGCAACUUCAGAUUGAGGAUUAUCAAUAAAUCUAUAAUAACUAUUAGGACUCAAUGAACCAAGCUAUCAAUUGUAGCAGUGAAACUAAAACCAUAGAACUUGAAAAAGGACACUCUAGAAACCCAAGCCGAUAGCUUGACUAGGAUAAUAUCUUAUAAUAGUCUCAAAUAAUUCUAUAGGAAUCAGAAAUAGAUAGCAAGUACUAUGUGUCAAGAGAUUAAAGAUGGGAUUUGAAGAGAAUAAUAAUGAAACUGAAAGAAUAGAAGAGAGUAAAUGAAAAAUACACCAAGGUAGUAGAGAUAGUAAGUUUAGGUAAAACUCAGCUAAAUACCUCAGCGAGUGAACUAAGCUAUAGCUAUAAUAACUAUGUAGUUGAUUCUGAUAGAAUUAAGGAGAUGAUUGGACUCAAGCAAAAGUUAACUCCUGUUAACAAAUGGGAAUUAAAUUUUUUACAGCAAAAAUAAUGA